UGUGUUUCCCAGGGUUCCCCGCGUUGCCGUCAUGGCCGCCUUCUUCUGCCGGUGUCCUCACAGUGGGCUUCUAGGGCUGUUGCUGUACUCACAGGAACUGUCGCCACUAGUCUACGGCGUCAUUGGAGACUCCUCCUUUCACUGUUUUUUAUUGACGCCUGCGUGACCCUUGUAGGAACCUGUUUUGGCUGCAGCGAUGUCUGGGGUGUUGUGGACCCCGGAGCUGGCAGUUCUGAGGGGCUUCUCUACUGAGACUGACCGGCAGCAGUGGAAGCAGGAGGGAGUCGCCGGUUCGGAGAGUGGAUCUUUCCUGCAAUUGCUUCUAGAAGGGAACUGUGAGGCCAUAUUCUUAAAUUCAUUGACUCAAAAUAUUUUCAAUUCAACAACGGUAACUGAAGAAAAGAUUGACAACUACCUAGAGAAGCAGAUAGUAACAUUUCUGGAUUACUCAACAGAUUUGGACAAAACCAAAAGACAACAGCUGAUAUUCCUACUUGGUGUGAGCAGUUUGCAACUUUUCGUUCAGAGUAACUGGACGGGACCUCCUCUUGAUUUACACCCUCAGGAUUUUUUGCCACCUGUUUUGUUCCAGCACUUCAGUGAGGUCAGAGGACUGGAUGCAGUUGUUCUGAGUCUGCUCGUUCUAGAUGGUGAAUCGAUCUACAGCCUGACCUCGAAGCCCAUACUGCUGUUGUUAGCACGAAUUAUCCUAGUAACUGUAAGACAUAAACUGACAGCUAUUCAGAGCUUGCCGUGGUGGACUUUGAGAUGUGUGAAUAUUCACCAGCAGUUGCUUGAGGAACGUUCUCCUAAGCUUUUUGCCCUUGCGGAAGACUGUGUUGGUCAGGUGAUGAAACUAGAGAAUCUGUUUGUAGAUGAUUCAGGUCGAUAUUUGGCUAUUCAGUUCCAUCUGGAAUGUGCAUAUGUAUUUUUAUAUUAUUAUGAAUAUAAAAAAGCUAAAGAUCAGUUCGAUAUUGCUAAAGACAUCAGCCGAUUACAAAUUGAUUUGGCAGGUGCUUUGGGAAAAAGGACACGUUUCCAGGAAAAUUAUGUGGCACAACUUAUUCUAGAUGUAAGAAGGGAAGGAGAUGUCUUUUCAAAUUGUGAAUUCAGUCCAGCACCCACUCCUCAGGAACAUUUAACCAAGAAUCUUGAGCUCAGUGAUGAUACUGUUCUAAAUGAGAUAAAGUUAGCAGAUAGCGAACAGUUUCAGAUGCCCGACCUGUGUGCUGAAGAGCUUGCUGUUAUCCUUGGAGUCUGCACAAAUUUCCAAAAGAAUAACCCAGUGCAUAAGUUAACUGAAGAGGAGCUGCUGGCAUUUACAUCAUGUUUGCUUUCGCAACCAAAGUUCUGGGCCAUUCAGACAUCAGCCUUGAUCCUCCGGACAAAACUUGAGAGAGGAAGCACACGCCGAGUGGAACGGGCAAUGAGGCAGACACAGGCUCUUGCAGACCAAUUUGAAGAUAAGACCACGUCUGUGCUGGAACGCCUGAAGGUUUUCUAUUGCUGCCGAGUACCACCUCACUGGGCCAUUCAGCGCCAACUUGCAAGUCUGCUCUUUGAGUUGGGAUGCACCAGUUCAGCCCUUCAAAUAUUUGAGAAACUAGAAAUGUGGGAAGAUGUUGUCAUUUGUUAUGAAAGAGCCGGGCAGCAUGGGAAGGCAGAAGAAAUCCUUUGGAAAGAGCUGGAGAAAAAAGAAACGCCAAGUCUGUACUGCCUGCUGGGAGACGUCCUUCGAGACCACUCUUACUAUGACCGGGCCUGGGAGUUGUCUCAGCACCGCAGUGCCCGCGCCCAGCGCUCCAAAGGCCUCCUCCAUCUGCGAAGCAAGGAGUUUAAAGAGUGCGUGGAGUGCUUCGAACGCUCAGUGAAGAUCAAUCCUAUGCAGCUCGGAGUGUGGUUUUCUCUUGGCUGCGCCUGUUUGGCCUUGGAAGACUACGGAGGUUCAGCGAGGGCGUUUCAGCGUUGUGUGACUCUAGAACCCGACAAUGCUGAAGCUUGGAACAAUUUAUCAACUUCCUAUAUCCGAUUAAAACAAAAAGUAAAAGCAUUUAGAACUUUACAAGAAGCCCUUAAGUGCAACUAUGAACAUUGGCAGAUCUGGGAAAACUACCUUCUCACUAGCACUGACGUUGGCGAAUUUUCAGAAGCCAUUAAAGCUUAUCAUCGGCUCUUGGACUUACGAGACAAAUACAAAGAUGUUCAGGUCCUUAAAAUUCUGGUCAGGGCAGUGAUGGAUGGGAUGACUGACCGUAGUGGAGAUGUCGCAACCAGCCUCAAAGGAAAGCUGCAGGAGUUACUUGGCAGAGUAACUUCAAGAGUGACGAAUGAUGGAGAGAUCUGGAGGCUGUACGCCCAAGUGUAUGGAAAUGGGCAGAGUGACAAGCCUGAUGAAAAUGAAAAGGCGUUCCAGUAUCUCUCUAAGGCGUACAAGUGUGACACACAGUGCAGUGGCUGGGAGAAAGAUAUCACGUCAUUUAAGGAAGUGGUUCAGAGAGCCUUAGGACUUGCACAUGUGGCUAUAAAAUGCAGUAAAAACAAAUCCAAUCCCCAAGAGGCUGUACAAGUGCUUUCUUCAGUUCGACUCAGUUUACGGGGCUUGUUAUCUAAAGCAAAGGACCUCGUGGAAACAAACUCCUACGUAGAACCUAGAGACUCACCUAAAGUCAUGCCGUCCAUGCUUGGCCAGGACAGAGUGACUGCUCGGCCCUCAGCACCCUGUCAUUGUACAGAUUUGCUGCAGGGGAGGCAUGAGGGCAAUGCAUGGGGGAUUGCAGAUGGAACAGAUUUACCACUCACACCCUAUGUGAGCCUCAGCAAGUUAUUCCAUCUUUCUAAGCCUCAGUUUCUCUCUGCUUCCUCCUUACCUUAUAGCAAGUGAUACAGAUUUAUGAUGAUUUGCAAUCACUGUAAUUCUCUUCUGUGUGUGUGUGUCGGGGUGGUAAUUAGGUUUUUAUUUACUUAUUUAUUAUUUAUUUUAACGGAGGUACUGAGAGUUGAACCCAGGACCUCAUGCAUGCUAUAUAUGCACUCUACCACCAAGCUGUACUCUCCCUCCCCCCCAGCCCCGUAAUUCUUACUAAAAAUAAAACAUGCUGUGUGAGUCCAGGUUACUUUCCUCAAAGGUGUUUUCUCUACUGAUCACAUCGCAGCAGUUGGUAUGUCAAUCUGUGUGAAACGCUGUGCAAGGUGUGGCUACACAGCCGUGUGGCUACACAGCCACGUGACAAUGCUUUACAAGAUGUUUUUGAAGUUCAGCACUCAGGUGACUAUUUUUUGCUCCAUGAAUCACUAUGAGAAACUCUAACCUUAGCCCAGUCAUGAUGCCAUCUCCAAAACAUCUUCCAGGUUCCCUCUUUAGAAGAUCUGUCAGUAUCAUCUGUGGUAGUAUAUAGUCAUAUUUCAAUGGUGAAUUUGAUUUUUGUGAACAAAUCAUCUAGUCAGGUCUGAUGAAAAAGAUAUGGUAAGCUGAGUAAAUUACAGUUUUGAUUAAUACACACACACACACACACACACACACGCCAUCCUGAAGCUGAUUUUCUUGGGCGCCUAUUCUGGCUUGGCAGGCAGUUCUUAGAGUGGCAUUCCAGAAUGUUUCAGCCAUGGUGGCAUUAUAGAAGUGUUUUGCAAUAUGCCCCCCCCAGCAAUUCCUUUUACAGAAGGAGGGAGCUUUUUUUUUAAAUUAAAAAAAAUGUUAUUGAAGUAUAGUCAGUUUACAAUAUUGUGUCAGUUUCUGGUGUACAGCAUAGUAGUUCAGUUAUACAUAUA